AUGAUCAGCUCCGUGUGUGUGUCUUCUUACCGCGGCCGCAAGUCCGGCAACAAAGCUCCGUCAAAGACAUGUCUGAAGGAAGAGAUGAGCCGCGGAGAGGACUCAGAGAAAAUCAUCAUUAACGUGGGCGGUACGCGACACGAGACUUACAAGAGUACGUUGAAGACGCUUCCCGGGACAAGGCUGGCCUGGCUGGCUGACCCUGACCCCGCGAGCUCGGACAGCGACCUGACUGCGCCUGCGCCAGGCGCUCCACCUACUGCACCACCUACUGCACCUGUGACACCUGCUGUCCCUGGGUCGCCUGCUAACGCCGAGUUUUUCUUUGAUAGACAUCCGGGCAUUUUUGCCUAUAUCCUGAACUAUUACCGCACUGGAAAACUGCACUGCCCCGCGGAUGUGUGUGGGCCUCUAUUUGAAGAAGAACUCGCCUUUUGGGGCAUUGAUGAGACAGACGUGGAGCCGUGCUGCUGGAUGACGUACCGCCAGCACCGCGAUGCAGAGGAGGCACUGGAGAUGUUUGAGCCCCCGGACCCAGAGGACAGCGAAGAUGACAAGGACGUCCCCAGGCGCUUGGGCUUAGAAGACUGUGCAGAGCGCUCCUGGACCUGCGGCCCGCGCUGCUGGCACAACUGGAAGUCUAAAACAUGGGCCCUGUUCGAUGACCCCUACACGUCUCGGGCUGCACGGGUAGUGGCCUUUACUUCGCUAUUCUUCAUUCUGGUCUCCAUCACAACCUUCUGUCUAGAAACCCAUCAGGCCUUUAUUGAGAUCAACACCAUCACGGAGCAGGUGGUCCGCGACAACGUGACGGUGGAGGUACAGCGCUAUGAGGUCAUCACUAACCCGGCCCUGACCGUGGUAGAGGGCGUGUGCGUCAUAUGGUUCACGUUUGAGUUCCUCGUCCGGAUCAUCUGCUGCCCCAACAAAUUGCUCUUCAUCAAAAACACCCUCAACAUCAUUGACUUUGUGGCCAUUUUGCCAUUUUACCUUGAACUGGGGCUGUCAGGGUUGUCCUCCAAAGCAGCUACUGACAUUCUGGGGUUUCUCCGGGUUGUCAGAUUUGUUCGUAUUUUCCGUAUUUUCAAACUGACGCGACACUUUGUUGGUCUUCGUGUGCUUGGACACACGUUACGAGCUAGCGUCAAUGAGUUUCUCCUCCUAAUCAUCUUUUUGGCUCUGGGAGUGCUCAUUUUUGCCACAAUGAUUUAUUACGCAGAGCGAAUAGGCGCUGAUCCAGAUGACCCCACAGGAUCCAUGCAUACAAACUUCAAAAACAUUCCCAUAAGCUUUUGGUGGGCAGUGGUGACCAUGACAACUCUGGGGUAUGGUGACAUGUAUCCGGAGACGUGGCUGGGCAUGAUUGUGGGGUCUCUGUGUGCUCUGGCGGGGGUUCUCACCAUUGCCAUGCCUGUCCCGGUUAUUGUCAACAACUUUGGGAUGUACUACUCACUGGCGAUGGCCAAACAGAAGCUGCCCAAGAAGAAGAAGAAGCACAACCCCAACCCGGACGCCCCGACUGACUCUGUGUCGUUCGGAAAGUCGGACACAAACUCUCACAUUGACAGCACCCAGAGUGACACGUGUCCUCUGGCAGCAGACGAGAGCAGCAGGACACACUCAGACUCCAAACAAAAUGGUGACGCGAACGUGGCCCUUUCGCAGGAGGAGGGCUGCAGCCUUACACAGCCGAUGUCCCCACACGAGAAGUGGUCGUUGCGCUGCUCAAAACCCAGAGACAAAAACAACCUGGAGGGUACUUGCUUCCUGCUCACCUCUGACAAGUCCAGUGUGUGCACCGAGGACAUCCUGGGCGGUGGUGGAAACUACCCAAAGUCUGAGAUGACGACUCUGACUUGA